UCACACAUUAUGUCAAAAUGUAAUUUUGUUGUUUGAUUUUACAAUUUAGAUUGGCUUUUUUGUGAUUAUUAAAAAAGCCAGCUUCCAAUUUUUGUAUAAACGAAUAAUGAAGAUGAUAAGGAUUUGCGUUUAUUAAGUGUUUGUUUUAAAAAUAACUUAAAAUUUAGUAAAAAUGGCUGUUUAUUUGACUAGGAAUAUGCUCGAUAAAAUGAACAAAAUUGACUAUGGAUCCCAACCUUCUAAUGUUGAUACCAAUAGUCCCGAUUGGCAAAAAAUCUUUCGGGAAAGCAGUAAAAUGGGAAAGUUAUCUUCAGAUAAGAUUUGUCGAGUUUGUGCUAAAGUGGGAAGCACUCCACUGAGCCAGAAGAUAGAUGGCUAUGAUAUAAUGAGUGCUAUAUGCAGUAUAACUAAUGUGACGAUCAAUGUUCAAGAUUCUCUCCCAAAGUUUAUCUGUACGGAAUGUUUGGAAACUUUGAAAAUUGCUGUUGCAUUCAAGAAAAACUGUGAGGCUUCAGAUAGGAAGUUUAAAAAAAUAUUAAAUCCUAUGGGUGACCCUUCAUUCCAUUCAUAUCCAUAUUCAAAACAUGAUUUUCAAUUGAUAUUGCACCAAAUGAAGCUGAAACGAUUGCGUUGUGAAGAGAAACUUCAGAGGGAGCGUGUCAAGAAAGAGAAACUGAAAGAAAAGAAAGAAGUCAAAACUAAGCAGUUUAAAUGCUCUCCGUGUGAUAUGGAUUUUCCAAAUAAGGACGCACUAAUGGAGCACCGUCGUGAGAGGCAAUGCAUGCGGCGCGCCUGCGAACUCUGCGGGCAGCUGGUGCUGAGCAUCGCACAGCACAUGCGGCACAUGCACAAGGAGAACGUGCUGCACAAGUGUCCCACGUGCGGCAAGGAGUUCCCUAUCGUCGCCAGGCUGAAGAACCACAUGCUUGUGCACACAGACACAUUCAACUUCUUCUGUGACCUGUGCCCGUACAAGUGCAAGCAUAAGUAUUACUUGGUGAUGCAUAUGCGCACGCACACUGGUGAGAAGCCCUAUAAGUGUCCGCAAUGCCAGGCCACUUUCGUCAACCCGUCCAACCUGAACAAACAUAAACUGACACACCAGGAGAAACAAUUUAAGUGCAUGCUUUGCGAGAAGGCAUUCCGGACCAACACGGCGCUGCGGGAGCACCAAGAGGCGACUCACAUGAACAUCAAACACAAGUGUGUCUACUGCGGCCGGGAUUUCUGCUACAAAUCGGACUUACGCAAGCACGAGAUCAAGAACCAUAACCGCCUUAAACGCGAUUACAUCGGCGGCGAACCAUCCUACAAACAAGUGGAGAGGCUUCAGAAACUGCAGGAGUGCACGGAUGACAGUGAAAAGUGGAGGGUGCAGCAAGUGACCGUUACUCAGCCCGUGCCGGUGGCCUGCACCACGUACAUAGACCAGGGAAAAGAGUACAUACAGACCAACCAUCCGAUGUAUUUCACCGAUGUCACUGGCAUGAUACAACAACAGCCGCAAAUUGUUCAACAGCAGACCGUGCAGUUGACACUGCCGGAGUUAGAAUUGAAGAAGUACGACGUGAAAAUGUACGAGCCGCAACAAGGAAUUGGAUAUUUUUAAGGGCAAUAUAUUAUUAAGUGUAUCAAAUUUAUAUUAUAAUCCUAAUUAAUUCUAGUUGUAACUCCAUUUAUAUUUAAUUUUACAGUUUUAUUACAGAUUCGUCAAUAUACGUAGGUAAUUAAUUAUGGGCUUUUUACAAUAUUGUACCCUAAUAUUAGGCGAAUUAAACGAAUUAGUUUGGCUAA